AUGACAAGAUCAUCCAUCUUCCUCCAUAACAUCUUCCUCCAGAGACUCUCACAACACGCAGACAGCAGCAGCAUGUCGAGCCACGCGGAGGAGGAAGACUACGAGGAGGUGCCCCUGGUAUCACGGCGGUACUUUGGCGCUGGCCUGAAGCGCAAGCGCGUGGAGUUCGUACCCUCCUCGUCCCAUGAAGCAGCAACCAGAAGCUUACCAGCGACACCCUCUGCAUCAGCUGCCGACAGAUAUCUGUCGAUCGUCUUCAACAAGUCUACACCGGGGUCUGAGCGAUCCGCAUCUGCGCCGCCCAAGGAAGGCGAAUCGAAUACGCCGGUCGAUGAAGGAGGGAGGAUAGGCCCAAGUGAGGACCCGCCCUCUGGCAGGAAACAACCAACGUGCGAGAUAUGCCACCGUGCGAUCACGGAUCAGGACUCAUCAGCCGUUCAUGAGAGCAGCAUCGCCCAUCAGAUCUGCUUACAGCACUCACACCCUCCGUCGCACCUAGAUCGAGCGCGCAAAGGCCUCGCAGUGCUGGAAAAUCACGGCUGGGAUCCAGAUAGUAGGAAAGGGCUCGGAGCGCAAGGGGCUGGCAUACUCUAUCCGAUCAAAGCGAAGGAGAAUCCGCAAAAGGCUGGGCUGGGGUUAGAUCUGAGGAAGCAGCCCGCUCGGGUUGAGAAGGCGGCAACGCUUGACGCUGGUAAGGUGCGGCUUCAGGAGAGGGAGGGUAAGAAGAAGGCGGCUAAGCUGCGUGAGGCUUUUUACCGGAACGAUGAUAUGGAGAAGUACUUGGGUGCUGAAGGGGAGAUGAAUGCCAACCUGGAUCUGGCUGCUUUCAAGCGCGCACGACGGAGAUGA